AUGGAAUUUAACUGUGCUUGAUUUAUUAGCCAGCUUUGGAAAGAGAAUUCACUAUUCAGCGCCAGAGUUCCGCUUAUUGAUACCCUCCUAUACGAUUCCGAAUCUCCCACCAAUUGCAAAUGACUCUUUACAGACCGUAAAGGCUUCAUAAAGAAAAAGCAUACAGAAAACACCAAAGUUGAUAAAAUUAUUUUAUCAUUUCUUAAUCACCCCACAAGUCUUCUAGACUAUGAUAAUGAUAUAUCAAACCCUGAAGACCCAGGAAUUACCUUUAUUCGUGACAAUACAUUUAAACUCGUAAACAGAAAAACAAGUCUCUCAAAAUUAUUUUCGUUAAAUAUCUUAAAAAACGAAGCAAUCCAGGCAUUUCCAGUAAGUGCUGAACAUCAAAAUUCCCGCUAUAUUGUAACUGUCAAAAAGAAAGAAGGAAAAUUAGUGUAUAACUGCAGUAAAGAAUGCCUAAAAAAUGAAACCUGAGAGGUGACUAAGGUUUUUGCUCAAAAUUAUAAUGAUAAGCUGGCUGAAAUCACUGAAAGUGCUUUAAGAGUUGUCGAGAAAAACAGCAGGAGAUGUAUUGAAGAGCUGCAGUUGAUAUUUUUUGAAGGUGCUAAUGAUAGCUUGUGGCUUAUGGGGAGCAGAUUCUGCAAGGUGGCAAAUCUGCUUGUAACGAGGCCGAGCACUUCUUUAAAGCGAACUCAAUCACAAGGCCGCCUACAAGAAAAUUCAAUCUCAAAAGCUUCUUUUAUGAUGACAACAAAAUCAUGGACCAAACGAAUAAGCUCUGCUUCAAUUGGUCCAAAGCCAAAUAUCAGCUCCAAAUGCCCAGGAGAUUUUUGCAAUUUUAUAGUAACUUCUGAAACUCUUUCCAGUAUAAAUUAAAUGGAAAAUGGUGUAAGAGAAGCUAGCUCUGCUAAAUUUCUAUUUAUGGGGUUCAGAUUUACCGUGAGCCUUUUAUCCAAAAUAUCAUGGCGGCUCAUCAGAUAAGGUGAGAGCUCUGAUAUAGGGAAAUUAGGAGCCAUAAGUUUUUGCUGCUUGACAUUUUCCGAUUAAAGACCAUGCCCUUUGGUAAUCAUCCUACAGAUCGGGGCAACACUUUAAACACUCUAAGUAAUUUAAGUUAAGUUAGAGUCUCUUUCCAGUAAACAAGAAAUUGACUAUGAUGAUUUGGUAUGUUUCUAUUUAGUUACACAAAGUAAGAGCUACUUACUUUAGUGGCAAAGAAAAGGACAUUGAAAAAGUUAAAUACUUAUUAAGAAUUAACAAUUUAAUUGAACAAAACUCAAAAAACAAAGACAAGAUCAUAAGGAAAAUAAUACCAUAUCGAUUGCUUCUUCUUGGUAAAAAAAUUAUCAUUGAUAAAACAAAAGAUCUUGUUGAGGUAGAUAUAGGGCAAUUUAUUAACUGCUAUAAUAGUUCCUUAGAUAUUGAGCAAGAAAAUCUUCAUGAGACUGCUAUGCGAGCUCCAUUUCAUUAUUAUGAUAACGUCAAGGUAUGUGAUAGAUGCUAUGAAAUCUACACAUUAUUUGAAAGUAACAAAAAGAAACCAGCAACCCCUGAUGCAAAUAAAAACUUUUCAAGCACUUCUCCUACAAGGUUACCCAGCAGUAGUCAAAAAAGUAGUGCUUUAUCAAGCAGAAUGAAUUCUCCACGCAAAAACACGCUUUUGCGGUCAAGCUCCAAAAAAGACAAUAUUAAUGAGUUGCUGAAUGAUAUGAGUAAUGCUUUAUUUGAAAUUAAAUAUGGAGAAAAGACUGCGAAAAUGAAAAUUGCUGACGAAUGAUCAAGGACGGUUUCAAGACAAAGAGCUCAGAGUCAAAGCCAAGAAAGCAAGAGAAAAGUUCCAUUAGAAACGGUUAAAGCUGAAGUAUUGGAUCAUGAUGCCAUAACAAGUCAGCUUUUUCCUGAUGCAAAAUAUUUUAUGAAGACAAAACCUCGAAGGGAUAGACAUAGUGAAUUUCUUCAGAAACUCAAAACUAUGAAUUUUUCAAGAGGAAAGCUGCAUCACUUUCUAAGAAAAAGUUGUUAA